AGCAAAAAGAGCCGAUGCUAAUAGUAGUAGUAGUAUUGUACCCAACAAACAACUGGAAAUGGCAAUUUAAGCCCUUUCCCAACCCCACCGUUUUGAAAAACCCUUACUCCAACAGAAACAAACAACCGCACAGCGAUUCAUGGAAGACUCACUCACCGGUUACGAAGACGGCUGGUCAGAGGAAGCCACAUUCACACUCAUCGACGCCUGGGGCGAACGCUACGUGAAGCUCAACCGCAGCAACCUCCGUAAGAAGCACUGGAAGGAAAUUGCAAAAGCCGUCAACGACCGUCACAACCACGUUAAGAAGGCGCGACGCACUAACGUUCAGUGUAAAAACCGAAUCGACGCGCUCAAAAAGAAGUACAAGAUCGAGAAAGCUAGGGUUUCUGAAUCCGGCGAUUACGCCGAUUACUGGCCGUUUUUCGAUGUACUUGAUUCCCUAAUUGGAGAUACUUUCCCGGCAAAGAAUCUCUCACCGGUAAUUGUACCUCCCGUAAAGGUUCCGACAUGGACACCUCCUAUGAAGGCUCCGGCAUGGGCAUUAGCACCGGUUGGUCCUCGAUCUCGCAGUCAGAAACGACCGGCUCCAGUGACAACUACAUCGGCAUCGUUGGAGAGCUUGGAGGAAGAGGAGGAGGGAGAGGACUCGUGUUUUCGACGGAAUUUAUCUGCCUUUGCUGCGGCGGUUGCUGAAGCAGCGGAGUCAGAGAUUGAGAGUUCAGAUGGUUUGAUCAAUGAAAGCAAGAAGUUGAAGAGGGGAAUAAAUGAAAUGGAGUUUGGUGGUAUAGAGAAGUUUGGUGAGAUAUAUGAGAGAGUUGAGGAAGAGAAGCAGAGAGAAAUGGUGGAGUUGGAGAAACAGAAGAUGCAAUCUGCAAAGGAUUUGGAAUAUCAGAGCAAAACAACUAAACGUUCCAAAAACAUGAAUGAUCCAUCAGUUCCUUCACAAAGCGAGUUGAAUGCUCAGUCUACCCAAAAAAACGUUAGACGUGCCACAUUGUUGAAAGAGUUCUUAGCACUAAAUCGUAUUGCUGGACAGAGGAUAUCUGUCGAAUUUGAUCAAUCGACUGGAAUGCCGUCAGGGGAAAACAAGACAAAGUUCAAGAGUCAUGUGGCUUUCCUAGGUCGAAGCGAAGUAAGUAUUUUGAUAGAUGAAUGGGAUUCUGUAGAUGAGAACGUGAAGAAUCAGAUUUGGGCAACUAUCCUGAAAAUAUGGGAUAUUCUUAAUUCUGAGUUCUUGAAAAAGAAAUGGAUUUCAUACGCUGGUGAGCGUUGGAGGGCAUUUAAGACUUGUCUGACUAGUAGAUAUAUACAUGGAGAUCUUUGUAACAAAUCUCCUCUUGAGGUCUAUGAUUUUCUUGAUGAGGAAACAUGGCAAGCAUUUAUUCAGAAGCGAAAAGACCCUUCCUUUCUGGAUAAAAGAAAGAAGGCACAAAUGGUUCAGGUUUAUAAUAAAUGUCCCCACAGAUUGUCUCGUGGGGGAUAUGAGUUGCUUAAGAAGAGGAUGAUGCAAGAGAAAUUAAAACAAAGCAAAGAAUCGUCGGUAGAUUUAGUUGCUGCACCUCCAUCUCCACUAUCACGCCAUGAAAUGUGGAAGAGAGCCCGACAAAGGCCGUCAGGUGAUUACACAUCAGAGGAUACACGCAAAAUUGCUGAGAAAAUUGAUUCUUUGGUUGAACAAACAACUCAAGGAACCUUUGUUCCACAAGGGCGUAAAGAUAUCUUGACGGAAGCCAUUGGACAACCUGAGCACCCUGGUCGUGUUCGUGGUGUUGGUCAAGGUGUGGGCAUUCGACAAUACUUUGGACCACAUUCACGUAACUCCACCACACCUGUUCUUAGUAAUGAACAAAUAAAGACCAUGAAAGUUGAGCUCACUCAGCAGAUUAAAGAGCAAUUGAUGCAAGACCUGACAACUAUGGGUUUUUCUAAGCUAUACCCAAAAGUUUCCACUUGUUCUCCUAAUGCUACUGUACAUACGAGCACAAAGGGUAGUUGUUCUGUUGUGACGCCUACAUUAGAGGAGGAUGAUAUCCCAGAACGGUGUGAACUGUAUGUUGAUAAUUUUCUUCAUGUGGUUGCCUAUGGUAAUGCAUACAAGAUAGGGCCCACCAUACAUAAUCAAAUCCUUGAUAAUGAUAUGGUGAAGGUGGUGGUUGAUGAGGUUCUAGAUGCAAAUGUUCAAGUACCUAUGCCCACUGACGAGGUAAAAACUGUUGGGCAGGCCCCCAACAAUUUCAUUCAAUGGCCAAAAAGAUUUAUCCGGAUUGUUUCUGAUAAGGAUGUUGAUGGAUCUAAGAAAGCUGACGUUUCACCCAAAAGGUCGGAACCUCAAUUAGAUUCUGUUCAACAAUUGGUUUUAAAAGCGAUGAAUAUGUCAGGAUCUAUAAGGCUUGAUUUGGAACACGAUGAGACCGAUAUUUUUUGGCUUUCACAGAGAGAUAUUAUAGAGUUAUGUAUGGGUAAACAAGAGUUAUGCAUAACUAUUCUACAAUUGUGGUUGACGUAUCUACAUCGCCUUUGUAUUGAUGUGGGCAAGAAUGACCUGUAUGGAUUCAUUGAUCCAUAUUUCAUAAAGAGUCAACUUGAUCCAACUAAUGCUCAAACAUACUUACAGAAAAAGUUAUUCGAGGAUAAAAGAGAGUGCUAUUUAGCACCUUAUCACAACAAUUGUCAUUGGCAAUUGCUCAUUAUUUGUCCUAGGAAGAAUACUGUAGUCUUCCUCUGUUCGUUAGGAAGAAAACCGGAAAAAGAUAUCAUUCAUAUUGUUGAUUCAGCUUUGGGUGAAUGUAAUAAGCUGCAAGGUAUUAGAAAGAAGCCAAUAUGGUUUGUCCCUGAUUGCCAAAGACAAUCAGAGACUUAUGAGUGUGGUUACUAUAUUAUGAUACAUAUGUUAAAUAUUGUAUCAGCCGGUAUUGUUGAUUCAUGGUUGCGGAUAUUUGGAAAUUUGAAGUCAUUUCAUGACGAUGAACUUAAAAACGUCAGACAAUGCUGUGCAAGUUUGAUUCUUGAGUAUAUUCAAACAAUUGAAAAUGCUUGAUAAUGGAUUGUAAUCAUGAUUGUUGUUUAUUAGUAUAAAUUGUUUAUAUUAGUGUAAUAAAUUAACCGAAUGAUUUUGGUCCUUUAACUUAAUUAUAUUAUUAAUUGUAUGGUUUUGAAUGGAAAAUCACUAAAAGUUCAAUGAUGUUA